UUGGUAUGGUGGUAGUGAGUCUGUCAGUGAAUCCGCCAAACGAACUAUACUUCAAGUAUGUGCCGAGAUUUUACAAGAUGAAAUUAAGAAAUUUCGAUACAACACAACAACUUAUCCUACACCUCAGGCAUUUCUCGAUACUGUUACAUCAGACAUACCUCCACUUCUUAAUAGUUUUUUACACAGAUUAAUAAUAACAGAUGGAAAGGAGCAGUCUCAUGAAUCUUCACUUUACAUCAAAAUUGAAAAUCUUGCCCACUCUAUUAUAUCAGCACUUCGCCCAAAAUCAUUUAUCUCAUGUCUUCAAUUAUCUAUAGAAACGUACAUUUAUCGUAAGACGGGAUCAAAAUUAGCUAUAAAUUUAUUAAACAGAUUAGGAAUAUGUUCGUCGUACCAUAAUAUUCAACUCCACGAAGCUUCAACGAUUAUUCAUCCACAAACAACUAAAAUCGAAAAUGCAUUUGUCCAAUAUGUUUUUGAUAAUACUGACCACAAUGCCAGUACUUCAGAUGGUCGUGAAACCUUUCACUGUUUAGGUGGCAUUGCUGCGUAUACUCCAGCUGAUCAUAUUUCAUAUGAAGGAAGUACAAUUAAAGAAUUACCAAGCUUUUGACCAACAACACCGAUUUAAUACGUACAGCAUUGGAGUAUGAAUUAUCUCCAUUUCCGUUAUCAUUAUUCGAUGAAAAUGGAUAUAUGAGGAAAGGAACGAAAUCAGAUUUAUAUGAUGUUUUUGAAACAAUAAACGCUAGUAGUAAAAUUUUGAAAGAAUCCGUUUGUGUCAUCGAUGGAGGAUGGCUAUUACACCAAGUACAAUGGCCGCAUAGUAAAACAUUCCGAGAUAUUUGUGAUCUUUAUGUUUCAUAUAUUCAUCGACAUUUCCCGGAAGCAUACAUAGUUUUUGAUGGAUACAGUAAUGAAAAUGUUGCUGUAAAAACAUAUGAACGAUUUCGUCGUAAUGAAAAAAAUUUUGCUCCAGAUGUUAAUAUCAAUAUGGAUUUGAUGGUAUUAUUAACACGUGAAAAGUUUUUAGCAAAUAUUGCUAAUAAACAUAAAUUCAUAAAUUUACUAACAGAAUCCUUGAGGCAAUCAAACAUUCAUGUUGAAGUGGCAAAUGGAGAUGCUGACACAUUGAUUGUAACUACUGCAAUCGAAUUGAAGAAUCGUGUAUCAAAAUCGGUAGUAGUUGUAGGUAAUGAUGUCGAUCUCAUUGUUUUAUUAGUCGGUCUGACUUCACCUGGCACAAUCAUAUAUUUCUAUAAAAUGGGAUCAGGUAAAACUGAGAGCAGAGUUUAUGACACACAUUCCAAUCAGCUAUUCAAAGAUUUCAUUCUAUUCGUCCAUGCAUUUUCUGGCUGUGAUUCAACAAGUGCCCUAUUUAAUAAAGGCAAAAAGAGAUUAGUAAAGCUGUUUCUCGAAGAUGCACAAUUAACAGAUAUGAUAAAACCUUUUUACAGUAGUAACAGUGAAAAACGAAUUUUGUAUGAAGUUGCAGAAAAAAUAAUUUUCCAGCUUUAUCUUAGUAAUAAUACAAAAGAGCAACCUACAACAAUUGCUGAACUAAGAUACUACUUAUUUAAUCAAACGAUAUUCCAUAAUAAUAAAGAAUCGUCAUUAGCUACUUUACCUCCAACUCAAGCAGCACUUCUAGAGCAUACAAAAAGAGUCUAUUUACAAGUACAAGAAUGGCUUGGAAGAAACAUGGACGCUGAAGAAUGGGGAUGGAAGAGAAUAUUCCAAAUCAUCAUGUAUCCAGUGAUGACAACAGCACCGCCCGCACCAGAUGUACUACUUGAACAGGUUCGUUGUUCAUGCACGGACUGUUCGAGUAGCCGUUGCACGUGUAAAAAGAGUGGUAUUCGCUGUACUCAGCUUUGUAAGAACUGUGAAGGGAAUGCUUGCGAAAACAAGGCGAUACAACCGGCAGAACAAACUGCAGAAAUUUGUGAAGAAGAAGAAAAUAAUGAUGAACUUGAGGCAGAAGAAUAUUUGGAGGAAGAGUCGGAAACGGAGGAGCAAAUCGAAGAAGAGUUAGAUCACACUAACACUGCUGAACCGAUGGAAAUCGAUUUCGACAAUUAUUAAUUUAUUAUUAAAUAAAAAUACAAAUCUAAGCUCACUUUUAAUUCGUUGUAUUUAUUUAUAUCCACAACAACUGUCCACAAACAAAUAUUUAGUAAAAUGAUCAUGGAAGGUGUGCAAAUUUUCAGUUGUAUUAAAAUAACUUUAUUGAUGAUAAUAUUUUGUAAUUCUGCAAGAAGAAGAUAUUUCUCUUACAUUUUUUUUUUUUAAAU